AUGUUUGAUCGUUCAGAAAAUCUUUGCAAGAAAACAAUGUCAGAAGAGAUGCAUCAAAUCCAUAGUCUAAUUUCUUCAGAUGACAAUUCCAACAAGUGCUCGGGCUACUCAACCCUUUUGCAAUUCCAACAACAUUCUUGCCUCAACCCCUCUUCGCUUCAAUCCCUCGCACAAUCCUCCAAAACCCUAAUCUCUUCCAUCCUUUCCGAUAUCUCAGACGACGAUGAAGAAAUAGCUGCACAAGCCUUGAAGUGUUUGGGCUUCAUGAUUUAUCAUCCCUCCAUUGUUUCCACGCUUGAAGUGGAUGAUGCUAAUUUGGUAUUGGGGUCAUUGGCCGAACUUAUUACGACCACAAAAAUGAAGUCUGCAUGUAAUUUAGGGGUAUGGUGCUUAUCUGUCCAACAGUUAGGUGCAUCACUUCUUGUUUCUCACUUCCAUUCUUUGUUACGGGCAAUUGUGCAUGCCCUAGACAAUCCAAUGGGUUCUUUGUCAACAACAUUUGAAGCUACUCAGGCUGUAAUGAAGCUAUCUGGUCAAUUAAGUGAGCAAAUGAGAGACUCAUCCCAUAUAUGGGCUUCUCCAAUAUACAGGAGACUUCUUAGCACAGAUAGGAGGGAGAGGGAUGCCUCAGAAAGAUGCCUGUUGAAGAUCAGAUCUACAGUCAUUCCUCCUUCACUUGAUCUCUCUAAGGUUCUUGUCAAAGAUAUGAAGAUAAAAUUGCUCAGUGGGAUGAAGGAUUUGCUAGAUAAUGGUAUGAAGAUUCAAGCUAUUCGAGGAUGGGGAUGGUUUGUCGAAAUGCUUGGAUCACAUGCUUUGAAGAAUAGGCAUUUAGUUAAUGAUAUGCUGAAAAUUCCUGAGCGUACAUUUACAGAUCUUGACCCUCAAGUUCAGAUUGCUACACAGGUUGCUUGGAAAGGUCUUAUUGAUGCUCUUGUUCUCUGUCCAAUAUUAGUUUCUGAGAAAAAUACAUCACCUGGGCAGAAUUCUCUCCCGAAACAGCAGUUGCUAGGAAGGAACAAUUGUGAUGAUCAAGCAAAUGGAUUUUCCAAAAGCAUAAAGCUAAUAAUGACUCCAUUGAUUGGCAUCAUGUCUAGUAAAUGUGAUAUAUCAGUUCGUUCAUCCUGCUUGAACACAUGGUGUUAUUUGCUACAUAAGCUUGAUACCUCUAUCAAUGAACCAUCAUUGAUAAAAAAGGUUUUUGAGCCUAUUCUGAAGGCAAUAUUUCAGAAUGGACCUGAUAGCAAGAACAUCUUGUUAUGGAACCUGGGCCUUGAUCUGCUCAGCGAUAGUAUUUCACAGAAGUGUAGGGAUGUCCUAGUCUCUGAAAUUGGACCUUCUCUAUCUGGCAAAUGCUCUUGGAAGCAAUACCUGAUUAGAUGGCUGCCAUGGGACAUCAGUCAAUUGGACUUUUAUCUGAGUAUGAUUUUUGUUCUCAUCCGUCAAGCAUCAGGGCCAACUGUCACUUGUGAUCAUAGAAGUCAUGUUUAUGAUGCUGCCUUAAAGUUAUUUGUAUAUAUUCUGAAAGGAGUUAAACUGGAUUUGGAAAGUCCAUCUACCAAUUAUGAUAGUAUUAUGUGUUGCUUGAACUCAUUACUAACAUUCAUGAAAAAAGUAUGUGAAGAUUUAUACUCAGAUGGCUGUGGAAAUUAUGAUGUGUAUUAUACUUCUAUUCAGUUUAUAGAUACUAUCACAAGGGAGUUAGGUCCUUCCAUCUUGGGAUCUCCUUUGUACAAGUUUUCUUUAGACCUAAAGUACAUUGAUGACAUGCAAUUGGCUGAUCAUAACAAAAACCUAAACUUUUUGAGUGUCAGUUGUAUGUCUUAUAUGGAUAAGGUUUCUCCAUUGGUCUAUUUGGUAGCACUUUACUUCCAUAUGAUGGUUCAGUUGACAAUGAAGUCCCAUCAAUCAGACUGCAUUUCACAAGGGAUGUGUGAAUAUUUUAAAUUUAUAUUUUCUUCAAGUGAUCCCCUGGAAAUUCUCCUCACCUGUAUUGGCUUCUUGUACAGACACGCGCAACCAAUUUACUUAAAUAUAUGGAUAACAGUGGCUCAAGGUCUGAAUUUCUGCGUAUAUGAUGCAAACUGCAACUCACUACAGGAAGCCUUGUCUGACAGCACUGGAUACUCUUCCAUAUGUCAUCUUCUAAUUUACCCCAUUGUGGCACUUUCUGAAGUUCGAAGAUUAACCUUGUCAAAUGCCAGCACCACUUUGGAGAAGCAUCCUGCAUCACCAGAAAGAAAGACGAGGUUUGAACUUGUUAUUCAAACAUGGAAAUCACUUUAUGGAUCUCUUAGUGCUUCAGGCUUUGGACAUUCAACAGCCACCGAUUUCUCUGGGGAUUUGUGCACAUUGUUAAGCAAGUGCCUUGAUGAAAAUGCUGGCAUGCUUGAGAGUGGCACUGAUUUCAAGUUAACAUGCACUGAUAUGGACCAUGGCAUCCUUCAUUUAUCUGGCAAUUUCAUGAUAUGCAUUCUAGAACAGAUUCAGACUUCAGAAUUAGUUUCUGAAACAGAGACAAGUAAAUCUGACCGUGAUAGCAAAAUACUCUGUAGCCUAAAUAACUGCUUAAAAUUUGCUGCCAAAUAUAUGUAUUUGUUAAGCAUAAAGAUGGUGACAGACCCAUUGCCUGGUUUUGUUGGGACCUCGAGGGUAUUUUCUGGAUUGGCAUGCUUUGUUAGUUGCCUUCACUGGAAGCAAGAUAUUCUUCUUUUUCUGGAGAUUUUUUCCUCUCCGCUACUUCAAUGGCUAUCAAAUAUGGGAAUGCAAGAUGAAAGAUCAAACGAUCAACUCCAAUUUCUGUGGACUGAAAUUCUUAGUUGCUUAAGAAGAAGUCAACCUCCAAUAAACUUUGGAUCAGCUUUACUGAAACUUCAUGAACCUUUAUUGGAAAAAACUCUUGAUCACCCAUAUCCCUCCAUCUCAGAGCCAACCAUUAACUUUUGGAAUUCCACGUUUGGUCAACAAAUUAUUUUGGAUUUCCCCCCGAGUCUGCUUCGUGUCUUGGACAAGCUAUCCAGGAAUGGAAAAUUAAAACUCCUCAAGAGAAGCAUACCAUGUCUUCAAAAAUGUCAAUCCCGUGGAGAAGUUAAUGACGGUCUGCAGGGAUACAGGGUCACUGCAAAACAUAACAGGACCUCUAAGAGGGUGGAACUAGUGUUGGAUACACAAAUAGAGGCGCCUUCUUUAAGUUUCAAAAAGAAGAGGUUAGAAUUGACAGAGCAUCAAAAGGAAGUGAGGCGAGCACAGCAAGGAAAGGAAAGGGAUACUGGAGGACAUGGCCCAGGAAUUAGAACUUACACUAAUGCUGACUUUUCACAAGGGCAUGAUGAUUCGCAAGAAAGCCAGGAGAAGAUUAGAGAUUCUGAAGCCAUAUUGCAGAUGUUGAGAAAAGCUAUCUAA